AUGGUUGCCAUUGCUGCUAAGGAAGUUGCGCUUUCUGUAAACGAAACCGUGUUCGCAGCCCUCCUGGAAGGGUCCCAGCGGGACCCUCCUGGUAGGGAUCCAGCGGAAGUACUGAUGCAGGGUAAUAGUCUCUGGCAAGAACUGUUAGCUGAGCUGCUGCGCGCUGCGCGUAGCGGUGCUCACUAG